AUGAAGGUGAAUGAAUAUCUGGAUGGGUUGACAGUGAAUUAUUUAGGGGAACGGCUGACCCGGGCACACCAAGGUGUGCCACUAAACCGGUCUUUGCGAACAACAGCUCCAGACCAAGAAGAGGGAGAAACGGAUUCCAGGGCAGCAGACUGUCCUGGGAAGCUGUUCAUCUUCCAUUCCUCCUUGCCGACUGCAGAAGCACCAGGAAAGCUCAAAAACAGAGAUGACAAGAAGCUGAUUAAUACAGACAAAGAGAAGAUACUUUUCCAGCCCCAAACCAAUGUGUACGACUCUCUGGCCAAAGACUGUGUGGCUCACGGAUGCUGUGUGACCCUCUUCCUCUUUCCCAGCCAGUAUGUGGAUGUGGCCUCUUUGGGUCUCGUGCCUCAGCUUACCGGAGGAACCCUUUACAAAUACAACAAUUUCCAGAUGCACAUGGAUAGCCAACAAUUUUUGAAUGAUCUCAGAAAUGAUAUUGAAAAGAAAAUAGGAUUCGAUGCUAUUAUGAGGAUUCGUACCAGCACAGGUUUCAGAGCCACUGAUUUCUUUGGUGGAAUUUUUAUGAACAAUACCACUGAUGUAGAAAUGGCGGCCAUUGAUUGUGACAAGGCAGUGACUGUGGAGUUCAAGCAUGAUGACAAACUUGCUGAAGACAGUGGAGCCUUAAUCCAGUGUGCUGUGCUUUACACAACCAUUGGAGGUCAGAGAAGACUUCGGAUUCACAAUCUGAGCUUGAACUGCAGCUCCCAGUUGGCUGAUCUCUAUAAGAGCUGUGAGACAGAUGCUCUUCUCAACUUCUUCGCCAAGUCAGCAUUUAAAGCAGUUCUUCACCAGCCCUUGAAGGUCAUCCGGGAAAUCCUGGUUAAUCAGACUGCCCAUAUGUUGGCAUGUUACCGAAAGAAUUGUGCAAGUCCAUCUGCAGCAAGCCAGCUUAUUUUACCAGAUUCCAUGAAAGUAUUACCAGUGUACAUGAAUUGUUUGUUAAAAAACUGUGUGCUGCUUAGCAGACCAGAGAUCUCAACAGAUGAGCGGGCGUACCAGAGACAGCUGGUUAUGACCAUGGGUGUGGCCGACUCUCAGCUUUUCUUCUACCCACAGCUUCUGCCAAUACACACGUUAGAUGUCAAAAGUACAGCCCUACCCACUGCUAUUCGUUGCUCUGAGUCCCGUCUUUCAGAAGAAGGAAUAUUCUUAUUGGCUAAUGGUCUCAACAUGUUCUUAUGGUUAGGAGUUAGUAGCCCUCCAGAACUGAUCCAAGGAAUAUUUAAUGUGCCAUCUUUUGCGCAUAUCAACACAGAUAUGAAAACACUGCCUGAAGUUGGAAACCCAUACUCUCAAACACUCAGAAUGAUAAUGAGUAUUAUCCAACAAAAGAGGCCAUAUUCAAUGAAGCUGACAAUAGUAAAGCAGCGGGAGCAGCCAGAAAUGGUUUUCCGACAGUUCCUGGUAGAAGACAAAGGACUUUAUGGAGGAUCAUCUUAUGUGGAUUUCCUUUGUUGCGUUCACAAAGAGAUCUGCCAGCUGCUUAAUUAAUUGAAUCUUCUCUAUUGUUAAUGUUGCAUUUCUAAGGAGAUAAUCUCCUUCUUGGUGCCUAAUUCUCCAGAUGAUAACAGGCUAGUUUUGAUUUCUUGCUCAUUUUCAAAAUAGCUUUCCAGGAUGACAUUUAGGACUUAAGCUUUGGUGCUCAGGUAUAAAGUCAGUGAAGAUACAAUUGUACCUUUAUAAAGGGAACAGUCUAUUUCUGAUUGCACAAUUUCUAACUGUUAAAAGUGAUACAGUUUGCAUUUCAUGAAAGGCUUAGUUUACAGAACUGUAAACAUUCUCAAUUUUCUUUCUUUGUGCUAGACAUAUAAAUUAUUUUUCAAAAUGUAUAGAUUUGAGGUAAAAAGUUGUCUUGGCUCUCCCAUUUGCAGUGAGGGAAAAAAUAAAAUUUUUACAUUAUACCUAAUUUUUUUAAACCAUGUAACACCCAUUGAACAUGUUUUUCAACUUAAGGUUUGCAUAGCAGACUUUUAAUAACCUUGGAAUCUAUUUGGUAGAACAAUUUGUGUUCUACUUUUUUUUUCAUAAUUAUAUGUUGUGUAUGUUAAAACUGUUUUCCAGUUGUUGUUUUGUCUAUAAAACUGUCUUUAUCUAUAUUCUUAAUGGUUCUCUGUACAAUUUUGAGGGUUUCUACCUGUAUAUAAUGGAUAUUAACCAGUACCAAUAAAUUACUUCAUAU